AUUUGCAAAAACCUAAACUGACGAAAGAAAACAAACAACAAAAUACUUAAAACCUUUUAAAAUUAAAAUAAUUUCCUCAAAAUGGUACACAAAAUGGAAUGGUAUGUAGGCACCGAAUGGAAACUCGAACGCAAAGGUUUAUACAAAAAAGUGCAGGCGCUGGAAUUUACAAAAGUAGAAAAGCCCCAUCAAGUGGCUAAAGUGAUUAUUAAUGUUGAAAAAGUGGAGAAUCUCAAGGACAGGGAGACUCAAUGGUUAGAUGCAAACACUCUAAACAAAGAUCAAAUUAUGGAAAUGGGCAGUGCACUCACGCCAAUUGAUUAUUAUUUGGAAAUCUUGGUGCAGCAAAUGAUGUUGGGUGAAACUGCAGAGUGUACCAUAAAAACUAAAACUCCCGGAGAGGACGUAAAAAUAGUCUUAACUUUACAGGAAAUAAAACAAACCAAAGGCAUACAACAGUUAACCGUACCAGAAAUGUAUGAAUUGGCUUCUAAAUACAAAGAGAAUGGAGUGAAAAUGUUCAAAAAAUAUCCCAUAUUCGCCCAUGAAUACUUUGCCAAAGCGGCCAAGUGUUUAAUAUCCUAUAAGAAUUUCGAGGGUUUAACCAAAAAACGAGAUGGUGUAGCUGGCAAAGAUAUGCAAGAGCUAUUCAUACAAAUACAAACCAAUUUGGCUGCUUGUCUACUCAAUGAAAAACGUUACGAUGAUGUACUGUAUCAAACCAGCUUUGUGGACACUUUGAAUGCGCCCUCGGAGAAAAGUAUUUAUCGUCGUGCCAUGGCCUAUUAUCACAUGCACGAAUAUGAAUUAGCCCAAAAGACCAUAGAGAAAGUCGUUGAUUUUAAGGAUAAAAAAGAAUUUGCCAAUUUGUAUCAGAAGACAAAAGAUAGUUGGAAGAACAGUAAUGCCCAAUACAAGGGUAUGGUACAAAAAAUGUUUGGUUAAAUGAAACUUUCAAAAAUUUAUUUACAUAAAUAUUUGUAUUUAUAAUAAAAAAACUAAAUUUAAGUGAUAAAA